AUACAUUUUACAGCACUCAAUAAUUUACGUAGCACGCCGAUAAAAACCAUUAAAAUCAAAAAGAGCCAAACAACUUUACGAAUAUUGUUUACCAACUGGACGCCAUAUAACUUCACAAAGAAAACGAUACGCGACUGCGAACGCGCACCAGACGCUUCAACAGGCCGGCCAAUUAGCCACAAACGCGGCAAAAUUCGUGGUGUGGACACCACACACACAAGCACGAGCAGUGAGCAACACACACAAACACUCACGAACAUACACACGCACACCCACAAAUAAACACAACGACGACCACGCAGAAGGAGCUCAAAAUUUUGAAAAGAACCAACAUAAAAACAAGAGGAAGCAAAAUACGUUUUGGCAACUAGACAAAAUAGUACAAGUCAAGAGAAACAAAAAAAAUACUGUGCAACGUGCAGUCAACUGGCUGUGCAACAACAACAAUAAGAACAACAACAAAUCAGCGACAGCAGCGGCAAACAGGAGAAUCAGCAAACCAGGAGAAGCAACAAAAGCAACUAGCCAAGGCAGCAAAACGGGAACGGAAGAAGAAGCAACAGCGGCAGCAGAAGCAGUAGAAGAAGAAGCAGCAACAGCAGCAACCAAAACUAACUGUCUAAUCUUGUAGAGCAAGCGGAGCAGUUGCCCAGCAUCAUGAGCAUGGAAAAAGUCGCCAGCAAACAAUUCGAAACUAAAACGUGGCCGGACAUCGUCGACAGCGAUGACAGCGAGGUGGAGAAUGAAAUAGAUGUAGACAAACUGCCGCCACUGGAAGUGGGGCCCAACGAGAAUCGCCUGCAGCACACAUACUGCUUGUGGUUCUCGAGGAAGGGCACACAACGUGCGGCCACCGACUACAGCAAAUCGUUGCAUGUGGUUGGACGCUGUGCUAGUGUACAGCAAUGGUGGUCUCUUUACUCGCAUCUCAUCAGGCCCACGGCCCUCAAGCCGUAUCGAGAGCUAAGCCUGUUUAAACAGGGCAUCAAACCGAUGUGGGAGGAUCCGGCGAAUAGUAAAGGCGGUCAGUGGUUGAUAAGAUUGCGCAAGAAUAAAAUCGAGCGUGCCUGGGAAAACGUUUGCAUGGCGAUGCUAGGCGAACAGUUUCUGGUGGGUGACGAGAUAUGCGGCAUAGUGCUGCAGACAAAGUAUCCGGAGGAUAGCUUAUCAGUAUGGAACAGGACUGCCACUGAUAUGACCAGUACAACACGUAUCCGUGAUACGUUACGCAGGAUAUUAAAUAUACCUAUGACAACGGCAAUGGAGUAUAAGAUACACUGUGAUAGCCUUAAAUACGUUUCAAUUAAUAAAGGCGCAUUGAAAAGCUGAAAUUCAGUGAAUAACUACAAACACAAACCAGCAACAACAUCGGCAAAAACAAUAAUUAAUCAGCAAA